AUCAUUGUGACUACGUGUCCUAUUUUUCUUACUCGACCAACCAGGAUGGAAAAAUCAAGCUACCUGGUGUUGUUUCUUUCAUUUGGAUUACUGCAUCAACUGACAAUCUGUGUCCAAAUGGGGAAACUGGCCAACAGAAAAAUCUGUGCAGACAAGUACUGCUCAUAUGUUAUCUCAGUGGCCAAAGCUCUGGAUGAUUACAUUGCUUCUGACUGUAGAUUUAUUAGUCUGAAGAAAGGUCAAAUGAUCUAUGUUUAUUCUAAACUAAAGCCACAAGAGGGUGCUGGAGUCUUUUGGUCCGGAAGCGUUUAUGGUGAUCGGUAUGUGGACCAGCUGGGUAUUAUUGGCUACUUUCCCAGUAACUAUGUAAAUGAGACACAUAUUUUUAAAAAGAAAACCAUUGAAAUGCCAACAACAAAGAUGGACUUCUUCUGUGACUGAAGAUGCAAGAAAAUGCAGUUGUGUUUAAUGGAUUUAAUCUUGCUUUUAUUAUGUAGAAUAAAACUCAGUCAAAAUAUUUUUCACUGGCAUUUAAAUGAUAU